GCCAGGGUUAAAAUGCAGGUAACAAUGUCACUGUCCUCCUUGGUGGGCACAUCUCAGAAUUUUAAUGAAGAAUUUUUAAGACGUUCUCUCAAGACUAUAUUGACAUAUGCUGAAGAAGAUCUGGAAUUGAGGGAAACAACGUUUCCUGAUCAGGUCCAAGAUCUGGUUUUCAAUCUCCAUAUGAUCCUUUCUGAUACUGUUAAAAUGAAGGAACACCAGGAGGAUCCUGAAAUGUUGAUUGAUCUAAUGUACAGAAUUGCCAAGGGUUAUCAGACCUCUCCAGAUCUGCGAUUGACCUGGUUGCAGAACAUGGCUGGCAAACACUCAGAAAGAAGCAAUCAUGCCGAAGCUGCUCAGUGCCUAGUCCACUCAGCAGCACUUGUUGCUGAAUAUUUGAGCAUGCUGGAGGACCGAAAAUAUCUUCCUGUGGGAUGUGUAACAUUUCAGAAUAUUUCAUCUAAUGUUUUAGAAGAAUCUGCAGUCUCAGAUGAUGUGGUAUCUCCAGAUGAAGAAGGUAUCUGCUCUGGAAAGUACUUUACUGAAUCAGGACUUGUGGGAUUGUUGGAACAAGCAGCUGCUUCUUUCUCCAUGGCUGGCAUGUAUGAAGCAGUUAAUGAGGUUUAUAAAGUACUUAUUCCUAUUCAUGAAGCUAAUCGGGAUGCAAAGAAACUAUCUACCAUUCAUGGUAAACUUCAAGAAGCAUUCAGCAAAAUUGUUCAUCAGGUAAUGAUUCCAAUGUCUAGUUUUAGUGUGAGCAGAGAAAACUGUCUGAAAGUCUUAGUGGUGCUUUGUACUAAGGUUCCUCUACCAGGCAUGAAAUGGGUGGAUAACCACAAAGGUGUGUUUAAUGUUGAAGUUGUUGCUGUUUCAUCUAUUCAUACACAAGAUCCUUACCUUGACAAGUUUUUUGCUUUGGUCAAUGCUCUGGAUGAACACAUGUUCCCAGUCCGAAUUGGGGAUAUGCGAAUCAUGGAAAAUAACUUAGAAAAUGAAUUAAAGAGCAGUAUUUCAGCAUUGAAUUCAUCUCAGUUGGAACCAGUAGUUCGAUUUCUUCAUCUUCUGCUUGAUAAGCUGAUACUUUUAGUUGUUAGACCUCCUGUCAUUGCUGGCCAAAUAGUUAAUCUAGGUCAAGCAUCGUUUGAAGCCAUGGCAUCAAUUAUAAAUCGACUUCACAAAAACUUAGAAGGAAAUCAUGACCAGCAUGGUAGAAACAGCCUUCUUGCAUCCUAUAUCUAUUAUGUUUUUCGUCUGCCAAAUACUUACCCUAAUUCACCAUCACCAGGUCCUGGGGGUUUGGGAGGAUCAGUGCAUUAUGCCACAAUGGCCAGAUCAGCUGUGAGACCAGCAAGCCUCAAUUUAAACCGUUCUCGGAGCCUUAGUAAUAGUAAUCCAGAUAUAUCUGGGACUCCCACAUCACCAGAUGAUGAAGUUCGGUCAAUCAUUGGAAGUAAGGGUUUAGAUCGCUCCAAUUCCUGGGUUAACACUGGUGGUCCAAAAGCUGCCCCAUGGGGAUCCAACCCCAGUCCAAGUGCAGAAUCAACACAGGCUAUGGAUCGAAGUUGUAAUCGUAUGUCUUCGCACACAGAGACGUCAAGUUUCUUACAAACAUUAACGGGACGCUUACCAACUAAAAAGGGAAAGGAAGAUGAGUUAGAAAAAUUAUCACUCUUACUUUUUCAUGAGGAGCUGGCAUUGCAGUGGGUGGUGUGCAGUGGCAGUGUUCGGGAGUCAGCUUUACAACAAGCCUGGUUCUUUUUUGAGUUGAUGGUGAAGAGCAUGGUGCAUCAUUUAUAUUUUAAUGACAAACUCGAUGCUCCAAGGAAAAGUCGUUUUCCAGAACGUUUCAUGGAUGACAUUGCUGCUCUUGUCAGCACAAUUGCUAGUGAUAUAGUGUCACGAUUUCAGAAGGAUACAGAAAUGGUUGAAAAACUCAAUACAAGCCUUGCAUUCUUUCUCAAUGAUCUAUUAUCUGUUAUGGACAGAGGAUUUGUUUUUAGUCUUAUAAAGUCCUGCUAUAAACAGGUGUCUUCAAAGCUUUAUUCACUGCCAAAUCCAAGUGUUCUGGUGUCCUUGAGGUUGGAUUUUCUGCGAAUCAUCUGCAGCCAUGAGCACUAUGUUACAUUGAACUUGCCCUGCAGCUUGCUUACUCCACCUGCAUCUCCAUCACCCUCUGUUUCUUCUGCAACAUCUCAGAGUUCUGGAUUUUCCACAAACGUGCAAGACCAGAAGAUUGCAAAUAUGUUUGAAUUAUCCUUGCCUUUCCGCCAGCAGCAUUAUUUGGCAGGCCUUGUGUUAACAGAGCUGGCUGUCAUUUUAGACCCUGAUGCUGAAGGACUGUUUGGAUUGCAUAAGAAAGUCAUCAAUAUGGUACACAAUUUACUCUCCAGUCAUGACUCUGACCCACGGUACUCUGACCCUCAGAUAAAGGCUCGAGUGGCCAUGUUGUAUCUUCCUCUGAUUGGUAUUAUCAUGGAAACUGUACCUCAGCUGUAUGAUUUUACAGAAUCUCACAACCAACGAGGAAGACCCAUUUGUGUGGCCCCUGAUGAUUAUGAAAAUGAGAGUGGAAGCAUGAUAAGCCAGACAGUUGCCAUGGCAAUUGCAGGAACAUCAGUCCCUCAACUAACAAGACCUGGCAGUUUCCUUCUCACAUCAACGAGUGGCAGGCAGCAUACUACCUUUUCAGCAGAAUCAAGUCGGAGUCUUUUGAUCUGUCUGCUUUGGGUUCUGAAGAAUGCAGAUGAAACAGUUUUACAAAAGUGGUUUACAGAUCUCUCAGUGCUACAGCUAAACCGGCUAUUAGAUCUGCUUUAUCUUUGUGUAUCUUGUUUUGAGUACAAAGGAAAAAAGGUAUUUGAAAGAAUGAAUAGUUUGACCUUUAAGAAAUCAAAAGACAUGAGAGCAAAGCUUGAAGAAGCUAUUCUCGGGAGCAUAGGUGCUAGGCAAGAAAUGGUGCGCCGAAGCCGAGGACAGCUUGAGAGAAGCCCAUCUGGAAGUGCUUUUGGAAGCCAAGAAAACCUGAGGUGGAGAAAGGAGAUGACUCACUGGCGUCAAAAUACAGAGAAGCUUGACAAGUCAAGAGCAGAGAUUGAACAUGAAGCACUAAUUGACGGAAACCUGGCUACUGAAGCAAACCUAAUCAUUUUAGAUACAUUAGAGAUUAUUGUCCAGACAGUUUCUGUGACAGAAUCCAAAGAGAGCAUUCUUGGUGGGGUGCUGAAAGUGCUACUCCAUAGCAUGGCCUGUAACCAAAGUGCUGUUUAUCUACAACACUGUUUUGCUACACAGAGAGCCCUGGUUUCAAAGUUCCCUGAACUCUUGUUUGAAGAAGAAACAGAGCAAUGUGCUGACUUAUGCCUCCGGCUCCUCCGACAUUGUAGCAGUAGCAUCAGUACAAUACGGUCACAUGCUGGUGCCUCGCUUUACCUACUCAUGAGACAGAACUUUGAGAUUGGGAAUUCCUAA